AUGGCGGACGAUGCUGCUAGAAAGUUGCAGUUCGAGUAUAAGGUGAACUCCAGCCUUGUCCUUCUGACUGAUCGUUCACUCAUCGAUCGCCGUCCUCGUGAUGAAUCCACGGGCGAGGUGCUUAGUCUUGCGGGGAAAAUUAGGGUUCAAGAUAUGGGACACAAAUCACAGAGAAAUAAACCUCUCAUGCUUCAAGAGAAAAGAGCCAAGCGUCAGAAGAGGGACGAAAUGCAACAAGAUGCUCUGAAACUGAAAUCCGCUAGCUUGCUGGCAGAAGAUCUGGAUGAUGUUGCCGGUAUUAUCUAUCGUCCCAAGACUCCGGACACAAAAAAAACAUAUGAAUAUAUUCUGCAUUGUAUUCAGGAAGCCCUUGGAGACCAGUCUAGAGAAAUAUUGUGCGGUGCAGCUGAUGAAGUCAUUGCUACUUUCAAAAACACUAACAUGAAGGAUAAAGAACGUCGGAAGGAAACAGAAGCCUUAUUAGGUCCCCUCGCGGAUGAAAGAUACAACAUCAUCGUCAAUCUUUGUAAAAAAAUCACUGACUGGAAGGAAGAGGAAACCACCGCCGCUGCGGAUAACAUAGAUGAAACUUACGGUGUCAAUGUGCAGUUCGAGGAAUCAGAUCAGGAGGAUGAAGAGGAUGUCUACGGCGAGGUUAAAGAAGAUGAGGAUGAUGAGGAACAAGAGGGUGAAGAAGCCGUUGUCGAGCUGACACUACAAUCGCGUGCGGAUGAUCCCAACAAGGCCUUGCGUCAUUCUUCGGAAAUCCUGAAUCCGCGUGACAUUGAUGCCUUUUGGCUUCAACGAAACUUGGCCAAGCACUGCAAAGAUCCGAUGGUGGCACAGGCCAAAGCCAAGGAAUGUUUGGAGAUCCUCCAAUCCGCCACGGAUGAUCGAGACCUUGAGAACCGACUUGUGCGAACGUUGGGUUACGGACAGUUUGAUUUUGUGAAACUGCUGCGGAGCAAUCGAAUGAUGGUCUUACAUUGCAUUCUCCUGGCUCAAGCUCAGACAGCACAGGAACGUAGUCAGAUUGAGAACAAAAUGAUGACUGAUCCCAAUUUGGCAAAAGUCCUCCGUGAAUUGCGCAACACUGAUGAAACCGCCGAUGUGGUUGCCGAGGAACGUCAGCGCAAAACGAUGCAGCGGGCUUCACGCCUUCAGGUCGGUUCUUUGUAUCAUGUCCUAAUAGCUCUAGUGUAG